AAUCUCAGAGAUAAGCACACGCAUCGCUAAGCGGUAAUCAAAGAUGCUCAUUGCGUCACGCCACCCCUCCUAGCACGCACAUGGUGGUUUGUGUAUUCUGGUUCAACCGGUCCAUGGAUUGGUGUUCACCCCUAGCACGAUCAACACCCACACAAUCAGUUUCACAAUCCAAACUUGACAUAAACACACGUCUCAAAACACAACAGAAUGUUACCAUUAAUCGCCGUUGCACUGCACAUACUCACUGUUUGCACGUCGUUGCUCACCAUAACAAACACCUACCGCAAACAAAACGCACUUGUGCCGCUCACGGAGCAUCCCAGUCUUGCGCGUGCUGCCGUUCAGCAGGCAAACGCCAUGUGUGCACGCAAGUCGCUCGUGCACAACAAUUUGAGCGACAGGCUUGCGGCUGUUGAUUUUGUGGGUACCAGGAUAGGUGAAAAUAUUGCGAGAUCGAUUGAAAAUGAUGAGCAGAGAGUGUUUGAGGUGUGGUUGAAGAGCGACAUGCACAAGGACAAUAUUGCGGGUGACUAUGAGUUUGUGGGUGUGGGGAAAUGUGUGGAUGUGGAUGGUUACUUUUAUUAUGUGGAGAUAUUUGGAAAGAGGGCGCGUGAUGAUGUCUGUAAGACGAGUCCUGCAGACAAGCUUUGCGAACAGCGUAUCGAGAAGGAUGUCUGUAAGACGAGUCCUGCAGACAAGCUUUGCGAACAGCGUAUCGAGAAGGAUGUCUGUAAGACGAGUCCUGCAGACAAGCUUUGCGAACAGCGUAUUGAGAAGGAUGUCUGUAAGACGAGUCCUGCAGACAAGCUUUGCGAACGGCGUGUCGAGAAGGGCAAUGAGAAGAUAAAAACGAAGAGAACGAUAAGAUUGAUAAUAGACAGGAACGCAAGGGACAAUACGCCUACAAAGGAAAACAAUAGCGCAACUGCUACCGGGUACGGCAUUAACUAUGGCUACAACACCAAUUCCAUCUCUUAUUCCGAUUUCUUGGUGUAUUACGAUCAAUUUCUUAAAAAUUACCUGAGCAGUUUUCAGGCAAAGGACGAUCGCACGGUGAACGAGAUAAACGAAAAAUUGAAAAGCAUUGAUGAACAGUUGAGCAAGUUGCUUGGGAAAGCAGAUGAAAAAGAGACGAAGAAUAGCGCGGAGGGUAGGAGUGACAGCAGCCAUAUGGAACAUGGCAAUGGCAAAAAUAUAAUCAGCAUUCAUAACAGUAAUGAUAGCAUGAGCUACAGUGGUGGUAACAACGAUAGGAAUAGGACCAAUGAUCGCGAUAGCAAGGACAGCGGUGACGAAAACAAUGGUAGUAAUGAUGGGAACGGUGGUAGUAACCACGAAACCAGGCAGGGCAAUGAAAGUAACAGCCAGGGCAGUAACAACGGCCAAAGCAAUGAAAGUAACAGCCAAGGCAAUGAAAGUAACAGCCAAGGCAAUGAAAGUAACAGGCAGGGCAAUGAAAGUAACAGCCAAAGCAAUGAAAGUAAUAACAGGGACAGUAACGCUGUGAAUGAUGCAAGUACUGCAACCAAGGAUAAUAAUUCUGGAAGUAGCGGGAAUAGCGUCAAAGAUAACACCGAUAGUGGUAAUGGCGGUAAAACCGUGGAAAGCGAUCCUAGCAGCAGUAUGAACAGCUCAGCUGCUGACAAACCAAAGAACAGUGUAAGAGUACCGAUCGUGGUGAGUGAUAAAUCAAACGAAAAACGCAGAAAUGUUCUGUUGAUCGAUUUGAAAGAUUUGCUUGAGAGUAUAGGAAACAUAAAGAACGUGGAAGAUAGCGGAGCAGGUAAUGGUAAAGAAAGUGGUGCGGAGGAAAAGAAGAAAAAUGGUGAGAAAGAGACGGAUGCCCAGCAAAAUAAGGUGCAUGGCAACAAGAAUGGCAAAGCGGAUGAUGACCCUCAUAGCACGGACGCACGUGACGGUGCAAAUGGCAGCAAAGCGGGUGAUGGUGAGAGCACCGGAACGAAUGACCAAAGAGGGAAUGUUGAUAAAAAGGACGGCAGUAGCGGUAGGAAGAACGGAAAAGAGAACAAAAAUGAUAGCGAGGGGCAGAAAGCGGACAAAAAGGAGGGGACUGAAACUGCCGAGAACAACAGUGAAAUUAACUUAGGUAGUGAUGUAAAGAGCCUGGUAGAAAUUCUUAAGCAGCUGAAGGAGGGCAAGAACCCAAAGGUGGAAAAGGGCAACACGAAUGCAAAUACCAGAGAAAAAAAUACAACAGAACAGACCGACAACCAACAGGACAUGAAUGGCAACACGAAUGCAAAUACCAGAGAAAAAAAUACAACAGAACAGACCGACAACCAACAGGACAUGAAUGGCAACACGAAUGCAAAUACCAAAGAAAAAAAUACAACAGAACAGACCGACAACCAACAGGACAUGAAUGGCGAUUUACGAUUUGUCAUAAAAAUAGGAAACAAUGGAAUAGAAAACGAGAACGAAAUAGGCGAACUGAUAGAUGUUCUGAAAAAAAUCACAAAGAGCAAGAAGGAGAAAGAUUCUGAUACGGAUAAGGAGAGUGACAGCCCGAAUGAUGCGAACAAAAACAAACCAAAAGACGAGGGGCAAAGUCAGGAGGAUGGUAGCGAUGAAGGAGGAAACGAGCUGAUUUUGAAGGAGUUGGUGAGCUUGAUCGGAAAGUUAGAACGUAUAAGGACUGGUGAGAGUGCAAAAGACCUAAGAAAGGAGGAAGAGGGUGGUGAUAAGAAGGAGAUGGCAAAUUGGGUGAAAGGUUUGAAAAGUAUCAUAGAAGGAUACAAAGAGGAAAAUAAAGAUAACGCUGGCAACAAACAGGAUAAUCACAGCAAUGAAACGGAUGAUAAGAAGACAGAUGGGAAUAAGAAUGGUAAAAAUGCCAAAGAUAGCGAUAAGGAGAAGGAUAGCGAUAAGGAGAAGGAUAGCGAUAAGGAGAAGGAUAGCGAUAAUGGAAAAGAUAACAGCCAUGAUACGGAUAGCGAAAAAGAUUCAAACGGUAAUCGAACCAAGAACACUGAAAAAAAUGACAAAAAAAUCAGAACCAGAGAUAAUGGCAAAGACAGCGAUCCUAGUGCAGAAAAAGAUACUAGCGAUAAAGACACUAAGAACGAAAGGAACAGAAACAAAAAGAAGGAUGGGGACGACAGCAAUAAUGAGGAUAAAGAUGAUCGUAAAGACGGAAAUGGCAGCGAAACUAAGGAGAGCGGCACUAACACCGGAAAGCGCAAACAUGCAAAUGUCGUCAGAGUACGAAGACGAUACAACCCGUUCAACCUCAACCAAACAAAAAUAUCAACAAAGUUGGCCGAACUGUGCCGCUUACUCUCUGCAUCCGAUAACAUGAACGGCUUAAAUUACAAAAACGUGAGCAAACUCUGUAUCGAUAAUGAAAAUAGACUUGAUGAUGAGGUUUACGGUGAUAGUGAACAAAUAGAAAUUGGUAUACCACUGUAUUACGGUGCACAAUUAAUCAAUUGAUGGCUGUUU